UUAAGGUUGGACCAUUAUCAAUGGCGAGGAUCAUCAGAAGACCGUUAAAUUUGACGGCAGCCGCCCGGUUCCGACUUGCUCCGUUAUCUCCAUUCUCCGGCAACUCUGGUUCUAUUAACUCGGAUACGACUCGUUGCUCUGAGUUAAUUCGGGUACCGAGUUUAGUGGAGGGAUGCGAUUACAAGCACUGGCUGGUUCUCAUGAAGCCACCCAAUGGAUACCCAACUCGAAAUCACAUUGUCCAAAGCUUCUUCGAAACCCUAGCCAUGGCUCUAGGGAGUGAAGAAGAAGCUAAGAAAUCGAUAUACUCUGUAUCCACAAAGUACUACUAUGCAUUUGGCUGCAGAUUUCAAGAACCUUUGACUUACAAGAUUAGAUCUCUGCCUGAUGUUAAAUGGGUUUUACCAGAUUCUUUUAUUGUGGAUGGUGACAAUAGAUAUGGAGGAGAGCCGUUUGUCGACGGAGAGGUCGUUCCAUAUGAUGAGAAGUAUCAUGCGGACUGGCUACGAGAUCAAACUGAAGAGGAUGCUAAAAACCGAGUAGUCAAAAAGAAGCCUAGGAGAAAAAGAAAGAAGAAGUUGAUCUAAUUGGAGACAUUUGCUAUUUGGAAGUCUUCUUGCUUCAGUGUGGCACUCCAGCCCGAAGAUUUUCUGGAAUGUCUUUUAGUGUUACUAAUAUGAGCUGUUGUAAAGAAUCCUAGAUGUAAUGGUAGAGGAAUAAAUUAUUCAAUCAAUC